AUGGCGCACCUUGCUUCUUUUCGACACAGACUGCUUGCGGAGCCGCACUUGGCUGUUGUUGCAGCCAACAUUUCCUGUGGUGCUCCCAGGGAUGGCGCUCACAAAGGACCGCGUGCCAUCAUCGAUUCUGGUCUCCUUACUGAAAUCCAACCUGAGCUAGGCUGGCCAAUCACUAUUGAUCAUAUCCUCAAAGAGCCUCUGAAGCCGGUCAAAGAGACGGACUCAGCUAUUGAAGGUAUGAAAAGAGCUCGCGAUGUCAGCGAGAGUACUCGGCUUAUCAGCGAGCACGUCUAUCGCCAUGCACGGCAAGGACGAUUCGUGCUGACACUUGGUGGCGAUCACUCGAUUGGAAUUGGAACUGUGACUGGUAUGUCGAAGGCUAUUGGCGAGAGAUUUCCGACUCGUGAACUUGCCGUGCUGUGGAUCGAUGCCCAUGCCGAUAUCAAUACUCCGCAGACGAGCGAGAGUGGGAGGAUACACGGCAUGCCACUUGCUUUCGCUUCGGGACUGGCAGUGCCAUCGAGUGAAGGUUUCUUCGGGUGGAUUGAAAAGUCCCAUUUGAUCAAUCUCCAGCGAUUAGUUUACAUCGGACUUCGGGAUGUCGAUGAAGCGGAGAAGCUGAUCAUCACGAAACAUGGUAUCAAGGCUUUCACCAUGGACGAUGUGCGACAAUACGGUAUCAGCAAAGUCAUGGAUUUGGCCCUGGAGUAUAUCGGCGAUGAUACUCCGAUGCAUGUCUCGUUUGACAUUGACUCCCUAGAUCCGAAGCAUGCACCCUCCACUGGAUUUCCUGUUGCGUCGGGGCUGUUGCUUGAAGAAGGAAAGCACAUUUCGAGGCGACUUGGUGAUUCGGGGAACCUGGUUUCGAUGGAUUUGGUUGAGAUCAACCCCGACGUUGCGAAGUGCAAGUUGGAAGUGACCAUUGAGUCGGGAAAUAUGGUCAUUAAGAGUGCUCUAGGACUAGAAUACACCAAACAAUGA